AUGGAGGUACAGUCUAUCUGCUCUAAUGUUAGCGGUCAAAGUGGUGGUAGUAUAGGGUUUGUCGGAGAUGAGUCGUUGAUCUUCGAGAGGAACGUGGAGGAUCCGUUUGUUCCGGUGGGGGCGGAUUCUAGAUGUUGCACUCUUUGUUCGGUUCCGUGGUCAAGGUCGAGGUCUAGUUCUGUUGUGAAUUUCGCAAAUUGUGCAGGGAGCCAAGUGUCGCAAGUGUCACAGCGGCAUUCGCAGCAGCAGCAACAGCAGCAGUCACAGCCUUGUAGACAUGCUAUGCAUCAUAAUUUGGAAAAUUUGGUUGCACCAGCUUUGGAUGCUAGUGCCGAUGUGGUAGCGGAUGACAAGGCUAAUCUGGACAAUGUUGAAAUCGUGUACUCCAAGAGGCCUUCUACAAUAAGGCUGGAUAUGGCGCUGGGUCGAACCAGGACUAAUUCUGUCACCGGAGCGGGUAGUUCAGCUGAGGGAGGACAGGUACAGACGGUGUCUGGUGCAGCGAAGCCAAGGGUGUUGCGUUUCUAUUCGUAUGCAGACAUGCUUUCUGAUGAGAACACACAUCAAAAGCACCAGCAGCAGCCGCAGGAGCUGCAACAGCGACAGCUGAAACAGGACAUCGCACAAGAUCAACGGCCGGGGAUAUCACAUUCAUUGUCGUUGACGUUGCUAAGGCAUUCUCCACCAAAUACGUGUUCCUCAGAUAUUUAUAGAACAGAUUCGUGUCACGUACAGCAACUGCCUUCUUUCUCUAAUCCGUUCCUACCUGUGUCUCAUCGGCGCGAUUCGGUUUCUUCUGUGGGCAUGGUUUCGCGCAAACGAUCAUCGAAUCCUCCAAAUGCUCGUUUCGUCACAGCUACCACCAGUAAGGCGGCAGCAAGCGGUAAGUUUUCUCUUGAGACCAGUAGUGACUGGUCUAGCAGCGAAGAAGAUUUAGACCAAGGCAGUAGCCGUACUAGCUAUGGGGUCAGCAGUCUUCAUUCUAAGGGCCCAGCACCCGUGUCUCCAAACUCGCCAACAGCAAUAGUAGCUAACAAUGGGUUGCAUUGCAAGUCACUUGGUUCACGGACUGUGCCUUGCUCACUCAAGAAAACACCCUCCCCAUUCAAAGCAACACCUCCAUUUCAGUCAGAUGUCGGUUCAUCGUUUGUUCUAGGUAGAAGAGGAUCAGUCCAAAAGGCUCCUUCUAAUAUGGAUGACUUGAUAUUCAAUCAAUUGCACUCGGAAUCUGCCAGCGAAAUGCUCAGACAGAAGGUUUGUAGCACAGGGUCUGAUGCUUCUUCAUCAAUAUUGCCGGCUACCGGCUUCACCGGUUCUCACCAAUAA